AUGGACAUGCCCAUGAAUUUGGACCGAGAAAGCCGCUCCAUUCAACCGCAAUCGCGGGCGGCUUUGCUGGCAGGCGUCCCCCAUGACAAAAAGUGGGCGCUGCUGAAGGACCUUCUCGAGCCUUUGUUCCACACUCACAAGGUCAAAGAUAUAGCGAGGAUCAUGAAGGAGCAACAUGGAUUUAGUGCAAACGAACCAUCCUACCGGUAUCAUUUUAAGCAGUGGGGCUGGACCAAGAGCGUCUCCUCACUUACAAAGAAUCACAUUCUACACCGGGCGCAGGCAAGAGCUAUGCAAGGAAAAUCGACCUCUGCAGUGGUCGCUGGCCGGAAGGUCGAUGGCAAGAGGCUCAAACGACAAGCCAAAGCCAAUGCGAGACAGGAGUACACCAUUUUGGAUAGUUCUUCUCGUCUCGUUGAACACCAGUCCCAAGUCUUCGGACGCUUCCUUCCCUUUGGUAACAAAAUGUCGUGGCGACCACUGUCCUUCGACAAGAACUAUGCUGAUGAGCCAUAG